UGCAAAGACCGAUUGUAAACGUUUUCAUAGAUAAAACUUUAAAUCGCUUUUAAUAUUUGUUGAGCGCAUGUUGUCAAAAACUAUAAAAAAGCGAUCAAAAAUGCAGGAUUAAUAUUUUAAGGGACUUGAAAAAGAAUUCGACAAUUUAAUUCUAAAAGAUGACAACAUUGAUUGUUGGUUUCGCUAUAUCAGUAGUUGAGGGUUUAGCUGGCGGAGUUCUUCAAAACUACAAGCUUGAUGACGGUGCAAAGGUUGAAGGUGACAGUACAAAUGAUGAUGACAACGCUAGGCGUGAUGCUUUAAUGGAUUUUUAUAUGUAUGACUUUGAUGAUGACAUAUAUGAAGAGUUCACCGCGCAAGAAGACACGCAGUGCUUCCUUAAAAAUGACGACAACGAAGAAAACAAGAAAAUAACUUGUCUUUCGCCAUUGCAUUUUAAAUGGAGAGAGACCAGGGUUACAGCGUGGAAAUGGUUAAUGACUUGUGUUAAGUAUUCCUUUUACAUUACUGUUCUUGGUGGUUUUAUAGUUGGUUUAGCUGCUGUCCUGCUGAUGUUUAUUGACAUAAACACUGCUGAUGUAUGCUCUGAUGUACAAUGGAAGAAUAUUCCUAUUUCAGUACAGCGUAUACGUGUUACAGUUCAAACAUUUGAAGGGUGGAUAAUUCAAUUUUUUCAUAUUUUCACUAUGUAUCUGGUGUUUGGAUGGGACGUUAUUGGACCGUUGCAUUUAUUUAACUGGAAUAUAAUUGCUGCAUUUUUAGAUUCCGUUUACCGUUUAUAUCUACAAAUGCAAAAUGCAUAUGGUAACCAUUGGAGAAGUGCUCCGUUAAACGUGAUAUCUUUCUCUAUGAUAAUUUUUAACAGCUACAGGAUUGCAUGUUUCUUCCACACUAACAAGUGGAAAAAGGCUGUGCUCACUUUUCAGUUGGGUUCACAAUUCAUGCUAGGAACGUUAACAUUGUAUUCUAUUGUGUAUCUACUUAUCCCCUGGUUUGUUAAACUGCCUCCUUUACAACAGGCUAUUGUAGCAGCUGCAGCACCACUUAAUGGCGCCGUUUGCAAGGCAAUAAAUAGAAUUGCUGCACAAAAUAUAAAAGGAAUAAAUCAUCCCGGAACAGCUUAUGUUCUUGCCAUGUGUGUGUAUUCCGCAGCUCCAAUUGUGUAUAAAACCUUACAAGCUGAAGUAGAAUCAUUUAAGUACUUCGCCUUGCUUUGUAUAGCACAUGGUUCUGUUGGAAUCUUGGAAAGACUUUCGGUUGCACUUCGAGAUCACUUUUAUAUUUGGUUUUAUAAGAAAGUGCUAAAAAGAGAAAUGAUUACUUGCCAUGUUGGAAUGUUCCGAACACCAAGGACACAGCGUCUGAUUGCAGAUCUAACUAUUUGUAAUAUAAUACAGGAGAUCGCAGCUCUCAUUCUAACAAAUGCGUUCGUGCAACUUUACGCCUUGCAGUUUGGUUCGACAGUUGGUGGAGAAGACUUUAAGCCAAGAGACAUUUUAAUGAAAUUAUUGCUUCGAACAGUUUUUGCGACAAGCGUUGAAUUCAUUUUUACUGUAUUUGGUAUCUUCAUUAUGACAUGGUAUUUAAACAUUCCAAUUAUUAGAAUUUGGAAGAAGAGAUGGAAAAAUCUGUUGUUUGUAAACUUAACUGUUUGUUGCAUUCUUGUGCUGUAUACCACGGAAUAUUUGCUGGAAGUUGUAGAGGGGAAAUACAAGAACAUUAACGAAACAAACACUUGCAACAAGUCGACACUACUUUUCUUCGCGUAACGAACACUUGCAGCAAGUCAAAACUACUUUUCUUUGCAUAAAGAACACUUGCAGCAAGUCGACACAUUUUUCUUCGCGUAAAAUUGACUCGUUAUUUUUUGUAUUGUCUGUAUUUUGUAUCGUUUAGCAUAUGUACUUCUGUAUUUGUUAUUUCUUGUUGAAACUUUUAAGAGUUUAUAAAGUAUCUGCAAUAACAUGGCAUGUAAAUGGACAACCUGUAGACAUGUCUUUAGACAGCCAAGACAAAUUAUUUUGUGUAUUUAUAUGAUAAACGGGAAAUUUUAGCUGCAUUUGCACUAGUA